CUCCAGUUUCCAGCUGCUCCUCCCCCCGUUUGCUUAACAUUUUUAUUUCCCUCCAACUGGAAGAGAAGCCGGGGUAAAAAACUCAUCCUCUGCAGGCAUGAUGCACAGCUUCAGAGACACCACGUGCCUCCUGCUGGUUCUUCUGCUGCGGCUGGUUCUUGUGCAGAUGCUAAACCUUCCAGCGGAUGAAAGCCCAAAAGUAGCAAUGAGAUUCAUGGAGGUGCUAACAAAGAGCGUGUGUCGACCGAUCGAGAAGCUUGUGAAUGUGGAAGGGGAGUUCCCUGAUGGCGUGGAGUACAUCUACAUACCUUCUUGUGUCCCGCUGUUUCGCUGCUCCGGCUGCUGCAUUGAUGAGACUAAGGAGUGCUAUCCUACCACUAAACGCAACAUCACCUUAGAGGUAAACCAGUCCGGCCAGUAUGUGAAUCUUACAUUUGUGGAGCAUCAGGCAUGUGGAGUGAGGGAGAAAUACACAUAUCAAAAUGAUACAAGCAGUGUCAUCUCUCAGACACAGACACCAAAGGAGGAAGCCGGGGAGGACAAGCUGAAGCUGUGA